AUGGCCACCCCACCAUUCUGGCCGACUAAGAAGAUGUUUCCCUUCAAGGUGAGCAAAUGGAUGGGGCUUGGUUGCUUCCGGUCACUGGUGGGCUCCUCACCCAACAUUCGCCAGAAGAAACUAAUCCAUAAGCUGCAGGAAGAAAAGGCUUUUCGGGAAGAGAUGAAAAUUUUUCGUGAGAAAAUAGAAAAUUUCAGGGAAGAGAUAUGGAAUUUCCGAGGCAAGAUCCGUGCUUUCCGGGGUCAGAUCUUAGGUUUUUGGGAAGAGGAGAGACCUUUCUGGGAAGAGGAGAAAACCUUCUGGGAAGAGGAAAAAACCUUCUGGGAAAUGGAAAAAUCUUUCCGAGAAGAAGAGAAAACCUUUUGGAAAAAGUACCGUACCUUUUGGAAGGAGGAUAAGGCCUUUUGGAAAGAGGACAAUGCCUUAUGGGAAAGAGAUCGGAACUUUCUUCAGGAGGACAAGGCCCUGUGGGAGGAAGAGAAAGCCCUGUCGGUAGAGGAAAGAGCUCUUCUUGAGGAGGAGAAGGCCCUGUGGGAGGAUAAAAAAUCCCUCUGGGAAGAAGAGAAUGCCCUCUGGGAGGAGGAGAAAGCAUUCUGGGUAGAAGGUGGUGGCCAUAUUGCUGAGGAGCAGAGACCUGAAGACAGGCACUAUAACGUCGAUGGAGGGCCACAGUCACCAGCCUUCUGCCGAGGCAGAGCUUGA